AUGUCUAACCUGAGGAGGGUGUUAGAGAGGCAACAACAAGAAGAUGAAGAAAUUAGGCGCAGACGUGCUGAAGAAGAUCGUGAGUUGGAUGAAGAGGAGGAAGAAGUUGUUUUAGUGGUGUGUAUGCUUAAUCAAUCAAGGCAACACCACCGUCGUCGUGCCCUGAACGUGGACAUACAUAGGCACUCUCGGGGUAAGAAUCUCUUGGAAGAUUACUUUAUCCCAAAUUCGUUAUACCCUGUUUCUCAUUUUCGAGAGAGAUAUAGAAUGCAGCCCCAUUUGUUCCAAAAAAUCAUGCAUGAUGUUUGCAAUUAUGACACAUACUUCGUUCAGAAGUAUGAUGCUGUUGGGGUUUUAGGUCUUCUUCUGGAGCAAAAUCUUAUAGCUGCUUUGCAGAUGCUUGCGUAUGGGCUUCUGGGAUGA